AUGGAAGACGCAAAGGGCACGAUUCGCCAUGUCGAGGUCACCUACGACUCUGGCCUUCAGCCUGAUCUGGUCAAGCCGCCACCUCUUCAAAAAGAGACCUUCGACGGAGACGUCAAUCUCUCUGGCCCUGGAGAUCUCAUCUACCUUAUUCCGACCCCCAGCCCAGACCCGAGAGAAUUUGGGCUGAUUUUCUGCGUUACAGAUCCAUUGAACCUUACUCUGCCCAGAAAACUGGUGGUUUUGGCCAUCGUUGCUGCGUUCAGUGCCGUUGGUUUGACCAUGGUCAGCGGUCUGGGUGCCCUUCUUGGUCUCUUCAUCCCAGAGUACGUCUCGGAGGGUAAGACGGUUGCAGAUAUCACACACUUGAUGACUUUUCCGACACUCUUCAUGGGAAUUGGCAACAUUAUCGGCAUGCCACUGGCCCUUGCCAUCGGUCGCCGUCCUGUCUUCUUAUUGUCGUCCGCUGUCCUGGUCAUAUCGUGCAUCCUUUGCGCAACCCAGAAGUCGUACGAGUGGCACCUCGCAGCACGCAUGGUCCUUGGCUUGGCCGCCGGCCAGAGCGAGGCGCUGUGCCCUCUUAUGGUCCAAGAAACAUUCUACCUACAUGAACGCGGAAAGUAUCAGAUGAUAUUCACUGCUGCUGGCAACAUCCUAACGACCGCCUUCACUAUAGUUACCUCUUAUAUCGCCAAAGGAAUCGGCGCUAGAGGCUGGUAUGGCCUUGGGUCCGGCCUCGCCGGUGCGAUCAUGAUAGUCAGCAUCUUCUUCCUGCCCGAGACUAAGUACGACAGGCCUCUGUCGGCAUACCAAGGUCAGGCUGGUCAAGUGAGCACCUUCGCGACCUCUGAGGGCGAGGAGCGCCCGGGGGCGAUAUACGCUACCGCACGCCUCUCCACGUUGGACACGGUCGAGUUGGAUUUCGUCAACUACAAGCCACGUACCCUGGCAUCCGAUAUGCGUCUGUUCGUCAACAAGCCUGAUUGGGAGGAAGGCUUAAGAACCGUAAGACGCAUGUGUGUAGUCAUGUUCUUCCCUGAUAUUCUUUGGGCGUUCCUCCUCAACGGUCUUACGCUCGGCGUCAAUGUUGCGAUCGGUACCACAUAUGGCAAUAUUGUCGGCUCUCCACCAUAUAGUUGGGCACAAGAGAACAUCUCGUUCGCCAUGGCCGGCCAGAUCGUGGUGUCCUUCGUCGCCCUGCCAGUGCUGGGCUGGGGCUCCGACUGGAUCGUCAAGCGACUUGCCAGACGUAACGGCGGUAUCCAUCAACCGCAAUAUCGUCUGGUGCCGCUUGUGUUCCCUAUAAUUGUUGGCGUACUAUCCUCCAUUCUUUACGGACAAGCUGCGGCACACCCACACCGUAUACACUGGUUCGCCGUCGUCUUCGCUUGCAACGCCUACUAUUUCGCUUUUGUGGGGGCCAACCAGGUCGGUAUCGUCUACGCCCUGGACUCAUAUCCCACACGAUCCGGUCCGGCUCUGGUCGUUAUCUGUGCCAUCCGUGGCAUCCUCAGCUUUGGGACGUCAUAUGGUGUGCAACCCUUCAUUGAUCUGAGGGGGUACGACGGUGCUUUCCUCAUUUACGGCAUCUUGACAGGUGUGCUCGGUGCCGGUGGGAUUCUUGUGUACAUCUUCAGUGCCAAGAUCCGCGCAUUUUGCUCGCGAUAUGCGGUGCAAACCAGCGAGACCAAGCCAUCGUACUCGUGA